AAUAGUGAAUGGCAGUGGUUGUGUGAGUAUGUAAGUGGAAAAGCUGAUACUUCAAAAACACCAACUGUUAAGAGAGCAGGAUGACUGUGGCUUACUGGUCUUGGCUCUGACUGACGUAUCAUUCAAGCCUUCUUUCGGGAUUUGGUUGGAUACCACAGGCAAAAAUGAGAGCUCUGGAACCAGCCAAAGGUGUAAGAAGAACUUCAGAAUUUGCUCCAGCCACAACAGUCCGCAGAGUGGAGCUAGUGCGUGGGAGAGUUGGAUAUGGAUUCACACUGGCUGGGCAGGCUCCUUGCAUCUUAAGUGGAAUUAUGAAAGGGAGUUCGGCUUAUGGUGCUGGCUUAAAACCUGGUGACUACAUUUUGAGUGUAAAUGGGACAGACGUAUCAGCAGCCUCACUCGAAUCAGUGGUUGAGCUCAUUGGUUCAUCUUCAAGGGCUCUUUGUUUGCUAGUUGCAUCGGGCAACAGAAAAUCAGUAAAUUCUAGCUUGAGUGAUGAAGAACUGGAUUUUCAAAGGAAGCAGAAAGUGACAUGGCUAAAUCCAGGAAAGAUGGACUCUAAAAUCUGUACACUGUAUAUGAAGGAUUUGCAUAAGCAAUCAAUGCAGUCAUUGGGAAGUUUUGAAAACAUUUCAGGUCAGGUUUGCAAUAGUGUGCAAUCAAAACAACAAUCUAAACAGAGGCCUGUGUCAGAACCUGACAUGUCUUACUGGAUUUAUGAGUGCAACAAAAAAUACAACCCUCAUGUUCUUGAUCAGGGGGAACCAGCUCUUGUUGUGAGUAAGGAUUCAGUUUUCUCUGACUUCCAGAGUCAGCAGGAUAUUUUACCUGACUCUAGCGCAUUGAACGUGGGAAUGAUUGUAGGCUACAUAAACACAGUGGAAUUGGAUCUUGUAAAGUCACAUUCUGAAGAGGAAAACUUAAGAGCUAUCCGUGAAUGUAUCACUAAAAUAGCAGUUGAGCAGAAAACCCAUUCCUUGGUGAUGAUGCGGAUCAGGUGUAAUUGUGUCCAGCUUUGUGAUGACAGGGAUGUGGUUUUGGUCACGUAUCCUGCAGAGAACUUGGUCUUGUGCGUAGUAGGUACUGAGGACAAUAGGUUCUUUUGUUUAGUUUCAGUGGAGCUGACAAACAAUGAGAAACUAGCUGAGAAAAGCACUUGGCUAAAGACAGUGUGUCAUGUAUUCUUUAUAGACCCAGAAUUCUGUGAUCACAAAGAGCACCAAAACAUCUCAGAUCACUUUGGCUUUUCCUGCACUGCUGACCCUGACACACAUGGUUGUCUGGAGUUUCCUCAAACUCCAUUUUCCAUUUUACACUUUGUUUCAGUCCUUUACACUGACAUGGGGGAUUUUAUUGAGAAACUGAGACUUAAACUGGACACUGAGGACUCUGACACACAGUCGAACACAAGAAACAGUGGCAGCGGUGACAGUGGGAUUGAAAACAUAUCUCCGGAAGAUCAUGAAAGCCUUGCUGACCGGUGGAGUCUCUCAUCUCCGAACACUUCCCAAUCACUUUGGGAUAAACUUUCUCCUUGUGUCUCCCAGCAGAGAAAUGAUAUGUCUCUAAAACCAGAAUCUAAGUGCCUCCUUUCCGAGCCAUUCCCAGGUCCCUUCCUAACUGCCACCCCACAAAAUGAUCCAUCUAUCAGACAAGAGGUCACAGGACGUGAACCUUUACCUCCAACUUCCUUGAUUAAACAAUCUGGGUUAUCUGAAAAUAAGUCCAAACGCAGAGGCAGUCAACGGUGGCUCUCUGUUAGCAUUCGAGCACGUUGGCAGAAACCUCGUCCUGAUAGUAUAGAAAGCCUGGCAGACAGUGACAGCAGUGCACCCAAAGCUAAACACAACACUUUACCACCUGCCAUGGAACAAAUUCCUGCACUGAGAUACAAAACACCUGGGGAUCCACAAAGGUCUCACAACGAUCUAACUUGGAAACUCUUUAGCAGUGGAUCAAGAGAUAAGUAUGAAGAAUACAAGAGUAACAGAUUUUGGGGUCUUACAAGAGGACGUUCUUCUGUUUGGCGAACAACAGCUCGCACUAAACGACUCAGUCUGGCUCAUUCACUUGAUGACCUUGAGUCAGCAGCAUCAGACGGAGAGCAAGGUCGUAUGGAGCGCCAUGACUUUGGAAGCAUUAACAGUUUAGAAAGUAACGGCAGCCUGCCCAGUGUUACCAACCAUCGUCUCUCAGAUCGCCGUGUCGCAUCAUGGGCUGUUUCCUUUGAGCGGUUGCUCCAGGAUCCUGUCGGUGUGCGCUACUUCUCUGAGUUUUUGAAGAAGGAGUUUAGUGAAGAAAACAUCCUAUUCUGGCAGGCUUGUGAAUUCUUCAGCCAGGUUCCCGAACAUGACAAGAAGCAGCUAUCCCAGAAGGCCAGUGAGAUCUACAAUAGCUUCUUAUCCAGUAAAGCCACCACACCAGUAAACAUUGACAGUCAGGCUCAGCUUGCAGACGAUGUCCUUACUGCUCCACGGCCUGAUAUGUUUAAACAGCCACAGCUACAGAUCUUUAACCUCAUGAAGUUUGACAGCUAUGCUCGGUUUCUGAAGUCUUCACUAUAUCAAGAGUGCAUGUUGGCCGAAGUGGAGAGUCGACCUCUCCCUUACCCUUACCAUGUGCCCUGCAGCCCUGCCCCCUCAAAGCACAGCUUUAUAUCAGACCGCUCUACCUUCUCAACACCAAAAAAGGAAGCACAAAGGACAAGAACAGGCAGGUCAAGUGAUGAUCUCAGAGACGAUGCUGACAGGAAGAAUGGGAUUUUCUCAUGGUACAGGAACCGCAGCUUUGGUAAAGGGCCGAAGAAAAGAGAAAUCACAGAUUUUAAUUUUAACAGUAAUAUGCGAAGAGAAUCUCAGGGAUCUCUGUCCUCCAGUGCAAGUCAGGAGUUCAAUACGUCCGGUUCCACAGUGCGAAAUGAGUGUGAUCAAAGAUGUUCUACGUGGGAAAGGGACAAAGCAGGGACGAGCAAAUCGUGUACGGUAGCACUGCCAGAUGGUUCCAGCUGCUGUGUGUGUCUGAAGCAGGGUGCUUCCAUCAGACAAGUGCUGCAGGAGCUCUGCCAGAAACAACACAUCAACAUGGCAGCAGUGGAUCUCUUUCUUGUUGGUGGAGAGAAGCCUUUGGUGUUGGACCAAGACAGCUUGACUCUCAGUUCCAGAGACCUUCGCUUGGAGCGCCGUACUUUGUUUAGAUUGGAUCUGGUGCCUAUUAACAGAUCUGUAGGCUUAAAAGCCAAGCCGACCAAACCCGUAGCUGAGGUGCUGCGGCCUGUGGUUGCCAAGUACGGCCUGCGCCUUAACGAGCUGGUGGCUAGAAUAAGCGGAGAGACUGAGCCUCUUGAUCUCGGACUGCCCAUAUCAAACCUUGAUGGUCUGCGAGUUGUUCUAGAGACAUCUGACCCAAGCUGUUCCAAAGCAGAGAAGUCCAAGACGCUUCCUUCCAAAACUCAGGGACCACCAGUGACCAGCAGAGGGCAGCCAACCCCGGAGGAUUUCAAGCCAUCAGACAAACCUGUGAAAGAUAAUGAAGAUAAACGACCUAUCACAGAAGCACCACACAAAAAGAAAGGAAACAAAAUUCAUCUGGAUGAAGCUGAAGAGUUCUUUGAGUUGCUUAGCCGUGCUCAGAACAGCCGUGCUGAUGAUCAGAGGGGCCUGCUCAGAAAAGAGGACCUAGUACUUCCUGACUUCUUGCGUCUUAACCCUGAACCCACAGUACCUCCCACCUGUUCUACCCCCACGUCCCAAAAACACAAUAACUCCAACAAGCCUCCACCCAUCACAUCUAAUGGACAUGCACCCAAACCUGGACUUAAGACAGACCUGCUUGCCCCGCCUCUCUCGCCUAUCCUCCGACCACAAGUCCCACACAGGCAAGAUGGCGAGGGCCUGUGCGAUCUCACGCUGGUCGGUGAAGGAGACAUCUCUAGCCCCAAUUCUACUCUGUUGCCCCCUGUGCCAGACAGCCCAGUACCUCAUGAUGCCAGCUUCACUUUACCGCCACCACCAUCCUGUGCCCGCACAAACCCCAGCUCAGGUUUGAUGGAUGGAAGUGAAGCUUGUGUUCCAGGAAGCCACCACCAGGUGGAUAGAAAGACUGGUGUGAAGAAAGUCAAUUUGGAGGAAAGCUUUGAGUGUUAUGCUGCUGAGCUCCGUCAGUGUCAAAGUAAAAUGAAAAAUGGUAUUUACCCGUCCAGUCAUCCUCCACGGCCCCUGAGCAGCAUCUCACAGGACAGCACAAAAAGCACAGCACAGUACAAAGCCACAUUUAUUUAAAUAAUGUGACUCUGUGGACUUUUUACAUUGCAGUUGUGUCCUGGAACAAAUACUGAAUAAAAUGUGUUGUAUACUGAUGUUUUGUAUUGACAGGUAGUAAGUUAUUGAAUGAUGAAGAAGUAAAAACUGUGAUUUGACAUUUCAUAACUAAAUUAGCCAACAUUUUAUAAGGGUGUUGUGUACAGGAUCUUAGAUCACGCUAUAAUGAUUAAAAUAAAUUUCAGACAUGUUUUAAUAAUUUUAAUGAAUGUCAUCUAUGCUGUAGCUGCUGGGGGAGAUGAAUUAACAGGAUCAAACACUUCUGGGACAAUGCUCUCUAGAUACAUACCCUUUAAAGGGCAUGCACAUUAUAUGAGUCCUCUUUUUCUGUGUCUGACUGAAUAAAAUAAUUCUUUAGAGUUUA